GUUCAAAUUUGUAGCUGAGUUGGUAGUAGCCGUUGGAAGAUUACGCUGAGCUUGUGCUUGUUAGUUGUCAGUUAGAACCAGGGUAAACAACGAAUAAACCGUUUUCUCUUAUCCUUCUCAGAUCUGAUCUUCUUCUUCUUCCCCUGUUUCUUGAUUUCUGAUACUAUCAGCUCCUGUGCUGAUGCAACGUCUCCCUGCUGAAACCAGUUCGUUAAAAAUCGAUUCACGCUUCUACCUUGAUUUCUUCUUCCUCUGCUUCCCCUCAUUCCUUUAUCAUCCAUCUCAGAUACUCUCCUGUGAAUAAUUCAAUUUGUUCUGUCAUUAUUUUAGGUUCUUCCUCCUUUGUUCCUCUCCUUCGUCUUCCUCUGUUAUCCCUCAAUUCCUCCGAAGAAAUUUUUCAGAAACCCUGAAAAGAUUCAAAUUCAAAAUUUCUUGAUAAUUUUUUCAGAAGCUCUAAAAAGAUUCGAAUUCAAAAUUUCUUUUCCGUAUUUCGUCUUCCUCUGUUCCUCCCCUCCCACUUCCAAGAUUUCACCGUAAAGCUAAAGAAUUGCUGUAACACCUGUUAAAGCAUAAAGCAUGGAACAAGAAACGGUAACUUUUAAGUUACCAAUGAUUCAGGCUGAUAUACUUUCUUGCAUCCUAUUUGGUUUGGGCAGAAUGUUCAGAGGCAUGCCUGCUGUGAAAUUGGGAAUGGUUGUCCGCCCAGACACCAUUUCCCUGGGAGUCUUUGUGGGCAAGAGGCGUAUGGCAUUUUUAAGCCUCCGCGGGUUUGGGGUUGGCAUCUCUCGACCGAUCAUACUCACUAGAAUGAUGGACUUUGAUGACCUUGAUUUUGCUGUCCACUCCUUUUCCAUGGCAGUGAAUGAAGGUCGAUUCCCAAGAUCGCUUGACCUAUGUGCAAGUCGAGUCUUAUCAGAAGGGUGUGGUUGAAUGCAACUAAUUUAGAUAUAGUUUGAAUCUUGAGGUCCUUUGCAUUGUUCAAGCGGGAUGUUUUGUUGUUCCUCGUAAAAUAAAUAGAAGAAAAAUAG